AUGAAGCGGACCACCACUGCAAAACCUCGCCCAAAGGUUCCCGACUACUGUGAUGUCGAGCCAAAACGGGACGAGAAUGGGAAAGCAAUAUGGCCGGCUCCAGAAGAGGCUAUGGAGAAAGCCAGAGCACUAAUAAAAGAAUGUGCAGCGAGUGGCAAGAAGACUUUGAUCGUGCCGGACAAAGAUGCUGACGGCCUUUCAUCUGGCGUCACAUUAUAUCGAACUCUGACGGCUCUCGGCCUUGACAAGUCGCUGAUUGACGUGCAUCUGGUUCAGAAAGGAUUAAACAUCCACGUCCAGUCCGAACGAGAAGCUAUGGCGGCAAAGAACCCAUCUUAUAUCUUCGUGUUGGAUCAGGGCUCCGUAGCAGGACCUCCUGUCAUUGAUUCCUCCAGCACAAAGUCCCUCAUAAUCGACCAUCACUUGAGCGAUCACUUUCCGGAGAGAGCUGAAGUCGUGUCUGCGUGCCAUUAUCCACCAGUCUCGACAACAUCCCUGCUCACGUAUGAGAUAUGCAAAACUCUUGAUGCCAGUAUCGAAUCUUCUUGCGCAUAUCUCGCUUGUAUUGGAACACACGGUGAUCUGGGGAAUACACUGAAAUGGCAGCCACCUUUUCCUGACAUGAAGGAGGCUUUCAAAAUCCACACCAAAAAGUCCAUCAAUGAUGCAGUUUCCCUCGUCAACGCUCCUCGUCGUACAUCAAAAUACGAUGUCAUAACUGCUUGGACGGCACUGCUUGAUUCUACCGAUCCCAAGGAUCUAUUGAGCAACGGUCGACUUCAGGGUGCCCGUGCUGAGAUCAACGAGGAAGUCGAGAUCAACACGCAUACUCCGCCCAAAUUCAGCGCUGAUGGCCGGAUCGCAGUCCUGCGCAUCAACACUCCAGCACAGGUCCACCCUGUCAUCGCGACACGGUGGGCUGGCUAUCUCAAUUCAAAGGCCUUGGAAAUAGUGGUGUGCGCAAAUUCUGGUUAUUUGCCUGGCAUGGUCAACUUCUCUUGUCGAAUCGCUCGCUGUGCGCGAUUACGGGACCCACCUGUGAAUAUCAUUGAGAGUCUGAAAGCUGCGGCAGACCUCUCAACUGAUGGGCUUAAAGACAGGCUCGGCGAGAGCUUCGCUAGAGGUCACAAAGAGGCGAGCGGUGGUGUGGUACCUGCCGAAGCAUUCGAGGAGUUGAUGCAGCUCCUCAAAAUCGGCGAGAAGCCGGAGAAGAAAGACGGCGAAGACGAGCCUAAAUCCAAGAAGCUCAAAACGGUCGAGAAAAGUCCGCAGAAGAACACCAUUGGAAACUAUUUCCGUAAAACUUGAGAUUGCCACCGAUAUCUAUCUCAACAUUCUGGACGAGAGUCUGUUGUGCGGAUUGUCGUACGGCCUGCCACCUGAGUUUCCGUCAAUAUCUGGAAUUGACGACGUAUCUCGGCAAGUACAGUCGGUAGCGACUCUUCAAGGACCUGAUUUAACCACCAUUGGUGCUCCCCUUGGUUACCGACACCGAAAAUGUGUACUCCCAUCGUCUCAGCGAGUCUUCGAGGCGCUUCAUGUUCUACGAAAUUUGUGAAUUCACCAACAAUUCGGCCUAUCAUCAAAGUCUCGGUACAUUCGACGUAGGGGUUGUCGGGCAAAGGAGCACCGGGAAACAGAAUUGCGAAGAUUGCGAACCAAGAUGCGACGCAGUCUUGGCCCACCUGCCUUCGCUUGACCGCUCUGUAUUGGUCUGGAUUCAUCUUUUCUUCAAAGGGGCAUUCCAAGAUUCCACACGAUCUCGUCCGUUCGUGACUGGUCCGGCUUUGCGCGUUC